AUGAGUCACACACCACUUCCAGCUGAAUACGACGAUACCAGGAUCCUUGGUUACGAUCCUUUGGUUCCGCCAGUUAAGUUGCUGAAUGAAAUUAAAGCAUCUUCAAAAUCCUUGGAUGUGGUUAUUAGAGGUCGUUUUGAAUCAUCUCAAAUUCUCAAAGGUAAAGACGAUAGAGCUCUAGUUAUAGUUGGUCCAUGUUCUAUUCAUGACACUAAAGCUGCUUUGGAGUAUGCACACCGUUUGAAAAAAUUGAGUGAAGAGUUGAAGGAUGAUUUAUGUAUUAUUAUGAGAGCUUAUUUGGAGAAACCAAGAACCACUGUUGGAUGGAAAGGGUUGAUUAAUGAUCCUGAUGUUGAUAAUUCAUUUGAUAUUAACAGAGGAUUGAGGAUUUCUCGUCAAUUGUACGCCGACUUGACUGAAGCUGGGUUGCCUAUUGGUUCUGAAAUGUUGGAUACGAUAUCACCACAAUACUUUCUGGAUUUCUUGAGUUUCGGUGCUAUUGGUGCUAGAACCACUGAAUCGCAAUUACACAGAGAAUUAGCCUCUGGAUUAAGCUUCCCCAUUGGUUUCAAAAAUGGUACUGACGGUGGUUUAACUGUUGCUUUGGAUGCCGUACAAGCUUCAUCAAAGGGACACCAUUUUAUGGGUGUCACAAAGAAUGGUACUGCUGCUAUAACCACCACCAAGGGUAAUGACACUUGUUUUAUAAUUUUGAGAGGUGGUAAAAAGAUCACCAAUUACGAUGCAGAAUCUGUCAGAGCCGCUAAAGAAGCAAUUAACAAGUCUACUGAUCCAAACAUCAAAUUGAUGGUUGAUUGUUCUCAUGACAACUCAAAGAAGGAUUACAGAAAUCAGCCCCAGGUUUUAGAUACAGUUGCCGAACAAAUUAGUAAAGGUGAUGAUUCAUUAAUUGGUGUCAUGAUUGAAUCUCAUAUCAAUGAAGGUAAACAAGGAAUGCCACCAGCCGGUCAGAAUAAGGAUGUUUUGAAAUACGGUGUUUCAAUCACUGAUGGAUGUGUCUCAUGGGAAACUACUGUUGACAUGUUGACUAAAUUGAGUAAGGCAGUUCAAGCUAGAAGAAGCUUGAAGAAAAACGGAAACUAA